UAUCCUUAGUGCUUCGCCGGAUAUUCACAAAGAGAGUCGCUUAGGCCGGAAAAUAUCGCGUCUGGUAUAAACUUAGUGUUGAGUUGACAAACACACCUACCCUACAUACAUACAUACACAAUUUUUUACUAUCUGUCUGUGUUGAAAUAACAAAUUUUACGAGCUAAAAAAGAAAUACAAACAAAAGCAAAAAUUUGUUAUACGUCAAGUGUAAGAUGGUGAAUGCUAACGAAAUUAUGUGCAGUGCAUAAAACUUAAAUUAUUAAAUUUAUUUAAAAAAAAAAACGAAAAGAAAAACACACACAAAAAAAUUGUGUGAGGCGAAUAUAACUAAAGUACAUGAAUACUUAUUCAAGGUCUUGCUGCAGCAGUGUUAUUUACAGCUAUGCUUUUGCCUGUGUGAGUGCGUUACCCAAAUCCAUGCUGCUUAUUUACAUUGCGUAGGCGUCUGUAAGUUUCCAUGUGCGGUUCGCAACAUUUACAAGAAAAUAAAUGAAAUAUUAUAUAUACAAAAAUAAUGAUAAAGAAAUGACAACAAAAACCAACAUGAAAUCGUUCAACGGAUAGUGUGACAGCCAGCGGUUGAGUUAGAGAGGGUGGCGCGCACACGCUUACAACCCCCGCCCACUCAACGCAACGCAACGCCAAAAUCUACAAAACUCAAUGAGAAAAACUGACAAAAUUCUGUGGAAAAUAAAAUCGAGAGCAAAUAAACGUACAGCCGGGCAGUGCGAAGUGCGACGCGAAAAGUAAGCCACUCAAGAAUGUAAGCAAUUAAAAAAACGAAGCCAUAUGCGCUCUACAAUGCGGUUACUACGAAUAUGCUGCAGUGCUAAACAAAAAAUAUUUCGAGUUCAACUCGGAAGCGUUGAACAUGCAAAUUAAAAACUCAAACAAAAUCAAAAACAUUUCAAGCGAAACUAGUUAGUAAAUCAUAUAAACUACUUAUUAAGGCUUUUGAAGAUUAUUCGAUAAAAAGUAAAUUUAAGCUCUCAGAAAAAAGUAAACCCAAAAAAGCAAAAAAAAAAACAAACGAUUACUCCAACUGCCUCUUAUCCAUUAUUAUCCACCAUUACUUGGGCAACCAACAACACUAAUCUUCAUUGAAUAUUAUGCAAAUAAACGGCACUUCUUCUGGUCCCACAAUGGCUGCGUCUGAGCCACCAGAACCACCGCCGCGCAAUCCGGAUCGCAUUAACGCUUCGCUGCACAAACUGAGCGAAUCUAAAAAUAUUAAAUCGCUUGACUCAAGCAUUGCAACGAUUAACGAAAAAACGAUCAACAAUAAUAAACCGCUAAAGCCGAUAUUAUCGCUGGAUCACGGUAGCGGAGGCACCAGCAACAACAGCACCACAGCUGUCACAACAACGACAGUGACAGCAGCACAAUCCGCAUUAAAUGUCAAAAGUGUAACGGCAGCAAAUUUAACAACGGCUAACGCAUCUGUUUUAUCAUCCACCGCUAAUCUACCAACCUCCAUUGCCUCGAUACAAACAUCGCCAGCAGCGGCACUUGUUUACAGUAAACGUAACAUAGCAGUAUCGAUUUCAGCGCCAACGCCAGCGACAGCAACAGCAACAGCGACUGCAAUAGCAACAGCAUCAGCCCAAGAGAUAACGCCUAUUGGUGCUGCGGAUAGCAUCGUCUCACCGCUCAGUUCGAAUGGCAGCAGCAGUAAUCAAGCGCUUAUAUCACCAAUGACGAUCGAUAACCAACAGCAUCGCCUAAGUUUUCCCAAUAAAAACGAGGCGCAUGCAGCACUUAUGGCACAACAACAGCAGCAACAAAAUUUAAAUGGCACAAAUGCAACAGUGGCGUUGCUAAAUGGUGGCAGUAGUAAUGCGGGUAGUAAUGCAUUGAAUGCCAAUAAUACCAAUGCGAAUUCAGCGGCCACGUCGAUGGUCACAGUGAAUCAUUCGAAUGCAUCAACGAAUGCAGAUUCUCCCAUAAAACUACGCGAGGAAAAUGAGCGCCUCAACGCUGAAAUCAAUCGCCUCCGGAAACUUUUGGAAAAUUCACCAGAGGGCGCUGUCGGCGGCGUCGAUCUCUCAGAUUCGAAUAGCUGUGGCGAUGCACAUUCAACCGAUGGCAGCGGUGGCAUGCCGCAGCAACGCGUUGAUCGCCUCGAAGCCGAGCUGCGUUCGGCUAAAACUCAAAUAAUGACGCUACGCAUUGAACGCAAGAAGCUGCGUAACGACAAGAGUGAACUGCUUGCACAGGUGAAACAACUUUGCGCCUCGCUGCAGGACAAAGAACAGGAACUGCGCGACUUUAUACGAAAUUUUCAAGAUCGAGUGCGCGAGACUGAAACGAAUAAUGCCAAACUGACAGGUGAUCGAGAACGCGAACGUUGGCAAUUGUUGAAACAGGCGCGCGACGAAGCCGAACGUUCGUUGGCGCUAGCACAGCAGUUGAAUGCGCGCGACUUACAGUUACAGCGGCUGCAAGAUCAGUUGCAGGAGGCGCGUCGCCAACUUUCCGGCUGUUUGUCAGAUCAAGAGAGUUUGCUCUCCUUCGCUCCACUAACACCACCGUCAGCCACUUCGGGUAUGAUAAAUCAACUGGCUACAACAGUGACUGUGAACAGUGGCAUGCGCACAGAUGAUAGUGGGCGAGGCAACUCGAACUCAUUGUCGGCGUUUAGCAGCAGUUUGAGCGGUGGCUCAGGCGCAACGGCGGGUGAUCGCAAUUCGUGCUCAAACGAUUCGGGUUUGCGGAAUAGCAGUGAUCGUGAGAGCACCGGUGGAGAUUUGAAUUUCAGCGAUGGUACUUGCGAGAAUGGACCAUGCAUAACAGUUGACCCAGACAGCAUUUCAUUGGUCUCCAGUCAAAAUAUGUAUCAAUAUGGUACACCAAAGGAGCGUAGCCCAACUUUGUCGCCUUUGAACUCUGCCGCCUAUUCGAGAUCUGUGGAGCAACUCGGCUCGCCCGUAGAAUCGGAUGGUCCUGGCGCAGUUGCGCGUAAAUUCGCGCCCAAAACCGGCACAUUAAGCGCGCGUAAUGGGCGCGGCGGCACUUGGGGUAGCAUUUCUCGUGUUUUCGCACGUUCGCGUAAUAAAAAUAAAGCUCUGUCGGCAGAUGGCGCUACAGAGUUAACUCCUUAUCUUUCAGACGCAGACUAUUCUUGGAGUCCACUCUCCGAAGAGGGCUAUGCUGAGAAAUUGCGCCUGUUGCGCGACGCAUCACAACUGCCAAUGGAAAGGUGGCGUGCCUCACAGGUACUCGCCUGGUUAGAGGUAGCGCUCGGCAUGCCCCAGUACAGCUCGCGUUGUGCGGAGAAUGUGAAAAGCGGCAAAGUACUGCUUGAGCUGAAUGAUGGUGAAUUGGAGGCGGGCCUGGGAUUAGUGCAUCCCAUGCAUCGUAAGAAGCUACGCUUGGCAAUUGAAGAGCAGCGUCGUCCGGAAAUGGUGCGCUACCCCAUGAUCACACAGCUGGGACACACCUGGGUAGCUUCCGAAUGGCUACCUGACAUUGGACUGCCACAAUAUGCUGACUCGUUUCUGCAUUCACUGGUCGAUGCGCGCAUGCUCGAUACGCUGUCGAAGAAGGAAUUGGAGAAAUUUUUGGGGGUGACGAGGAAAUUCCAUCAAGCGAGCAUUGUACAUGGCAUUCAUGUGCUUCGCAUUGUGAAAUAUGAUCGCCAAACUUUGGCUAUGCGUCGCGUACAAUCAGAAAAUGUGGACACUGAUCCAAUUGUGUGGACAAAUCAACGUUUCAUUCGCUGGGCCAGGUCAAUUGAUUUAGGAGAAUACGCUGAUAACUUGAAAGACAGCGGUGUGCAUGGCGGCCUUGUCGUAUUGGAACCAUCAUUUUCUGGCGAUACCAUGGCAACAGCACUGGGUAUACCACCAUCAAAAAAUAUUAUAAGACGACAUCUCACCACAGAAUUCGAUGCGCUCAUUUUGCCUGCAAGAGCGACCUUGGGCCAGGGCAUACGCUCCGGUUGCGGCAUAGUACCGAUUACCGGACCGGGCGGCUUGCAACACUAUGCCACAACUGAUCGCCGCUCCAAUGGCGCACUGCGGCAGAUAUCGGCAUGGAAAGGAUCACAGAGUUCUCUCUCUAAAGCCUUCCGUUUCAAUGCAAAAUCAUCACGCAGCGGAAGCUCCAUUGGGGAUCGUUCAUCCUUCGGCAACUCCACCUCUCCCACACCAUCGUAUAGUAGCUCCGAAGGUGGUGGAGGAAUUUACGCCGCUAUAGGCGGUCACCCACCGCACUCAGCGCCGCUCUACCCCACCACCUCACAUCAUUUCCCACCACCUACAACUGCACCACCACCACCGCCGCCCUCAUCAGCCCCUGGUCUGGGAACACACGUAAGUGGCAGCGGCAGCGGCAACAUCUUCAGCUACGCACCGCCUGGACACCGCGUUAGUGCGCCUCCUGUGAGUAGCAGCAGCACCGCUGAAUCAAUAACAGAUCAAAAUGCUUUGUACGAGCAACAUCGACGUGUGAAAAGCAUUAGUGAUAUUGGCGGCAUGUCGACUGGAGUGGGUAGCAUAGCAGCUGGUGGAGCAGUCACAACGUGCGCAACACCAGUGACGACCGCAACCCUGAAAAGUGUCGGCAGUAUGGGCAGUAGUAAUGAUGGUUUGCGUAGCGGGCAUAGUGGUGGUAGUAGUGUCGGUUGUGCUUCAGGUUCUUCCGGUUCACCUGUAUGAGAAUCAGUUAUCAUGUAAGACGUGUCGAAUGCGUGCUUACAUACAUACAUACAUAUACGAGUCUAUCUAGUA